AUGCGGUUCCUUGCCGCCGCAAAUCAUGCGAUGUUCGACGAUGACCCGCGCGAGAUGCGGGUGGACAACCCAGACAAUAUCGAGUAUGAUGUAUUACGAGUAGCAGAUAUGGUGCGAAAUCUCAAUUCGGAGAAUCGUGAAAAGGUGCUAGCUUUGGUAUGCCAGCUUGCGAUGGAGCGUGGCGGCUACAAUCACUUCAAUCAGCCUUCUGCACACACCUAUCAACGUGCGACACCAUUCCGCUUCAUGGACCUGUCAGCGGAGCUGAGACUGUAUAUAGGAGAGUACACACUGCUUAGCGAAACACCAUUAUGCUGGAUGUGGAAAUCUUAUCAAGCAACAUCAAAUCGAAAUAUCGGUUCAUUCAAAGGCCUGGAGAAGCUCACAGCCUUGACUCGUGUUUCUCGACAGCUUCGAACAGAGCUAGCAGGAAUUGUUUGGGGACUGAACGAAUUCUGCUUCGACGAACAACAAUUUGGUCAAGCCUUUAGAGGAUCAGUUUCUGGCAUGAGUUCAGUCUAUCGUCAGCCUAUCCCCAAAGCGCACGGUCUAUUCCUUUGCAAAUUGUCCUCAUCAAGCCAGGGAUGCUUGAGAUACAUCACUAUCAACGUGGAUGCACAGUUAAGCAUAUUGCAUGGAGGCCCAUUCAUCAUCAACUGGAUCACUGAAAUGGCAUCAAAGACGCCGGGCGCACGGUUUCGAGUUGAACUGAGUGCUUGGACCUUCCGCGCAUACAUUCCAGGCCCUCUCUCUCCCAUGUUCAGCGUUCCAAUAAUCGAAUUUGCAAUCAAGAAAUUCAUAAACAACGGCCAAAUUUUGAUGGAUAGGCUAUCAGCGCUUGGUCUCAAUGUAUCCAAUCGCAAUUGGCAAUUAUUUCCGUCUCGCCGGCAAGACUACCGUGAGUUCGAGAGGUACUUGGAUGAUUCCAAUAGGCAAAUGGUUCUAGACUGGCACACAAAGGGCAUAUAG